AUGGUUUAUUACAAAUUAUUGUUUUCCUGUGAGACCAAAAAUGUUGAAGCAAUCUCAACUGGAGGAGCAAACUAUGAGUAAGAUAGUAGUUAUUUAUCAAAGGUGGCACAUCUCAUUGGUUUGUUCUAGUUGCCAUACAGAUAUUAAUGAAAUCUAUUUUAGAGGAGAUGAUCAAGUGGAUGUUGCCAAUUCAAGAGGGUAAUGCAAUUUUUAAAUGAAAUGCAAAACAUGUGCUAAAAUGAUCAAUAUAACUUUAGAGAAAUUCCCAGAUACAGUCAAUGUGCAAGAAAUAAGUAUAUUCACUUUUUAUUAAUUUUAGGCAANGUUACAAAAUAGAAAUGCAAUUAAAGAGAUAACCAGGUAAAUGGAUGCAAAAUCUACAACUGAAUCCUUGAUUCUCUCUUUACCAUUUCUUACUUAUAUAAGAAUAUAAGAGGAAUAUCACAGUUCAACCUUACAUUCCUUUUUAUCCACUUCAAAGUAGGUUGUAAUUUAGAGAAUGAAAAUAUUACAGUAGUAAAUUAUAAAUAAAAAAAUAAAAUUAGAUGAAGAAUCUGAAAGGAAAGAUGAGUUGUCUGAACUCAGAAUGUUUAAAGAUUAAAAAUAAGAAGAAAAACAACCUUAGAUUGUAAAUGAUACGUCUAAAAUUCGUCAUUCAAACAAUCCUUACAUAUCAUUAAUGGGAACAAUCAAAAGCAAUAAAACCAAAGAACAUUAAUAAUAGCCAUCCUUAUAAAUAGAUUAAAUUGCUAAUCAUUUUUCUUAAAAAUCUAUACUAAUGAAAUUUGAUAGAGGACACAAAAUAUUAUUAUUGAAGAAGUUGCGAGAUGCCUCUAUAUUGCCAGAUGUUAAAGACAAUUUCAUCUAUUAAUAGUCAACAGUAAGAAGUAGUUGUUCGAGAUUGAGAAUGAAUAAAAAAUAUUAGUAGAAUAAUCAACAAGACAGUGUUACCAUAAUCAAACCCUUUGUUAAUUCGAGAUCUCACACUCCUGAUUCCUCGGUGGUAUUGCCAAAUGAGUUUAAAACAUAAAAUGAAAUAAAUAAAUGCUAGAGAGCAUUUACAUUUAAACUUAAUGACUUUCACAAUUUCAAAGUGUCAUCAAAUUCUGUUGGAUAUUCGCGAUCAAUAUCAUAAAUGAGUAUAAGUAGAAGUAGUAUUAAUCGUAAAUCGCCAAGUAAAUAUAAAUUCGAGAUUGAAUAUGAAAAAAACUAAUCGUAAUCUCCAUAAAAAUAACCUAAAGUUGAGAUUGACUUAUGCGUAUAUGGGAAAUAAUGA